AUGGUGUUAACACCUCCACCCAAAGUUAAUCCAAUAACUGUGCUUCAAACAAAAUACGAAGAGUUAGAUAACGGAUUGCGUGGUUGGUUAGCUAAACAUGAAUCAUCAUUACCAGUUGUAGCUAUUACAAGUUCUAUUAAAGGUGCUGCUGUCGGUGGUAUUGCUGGUGGUUUCAUGGGGAUACUAUUUCGAAACAAUGCUUCUUCUGUACUUCCACCAUAUUCUUGCCGCCGCCUUAAUUAUCAAGGCAUGGUUUCUUUCCAAAAAUCUCAGCAGGCUCUCAGAUGUGGUCCGUUGAUACAAGCACGUAAUUUCGCUAUGAUGAACGCCAUUAAUACUGGUAUGUAUUCUGUUUUGGAAAGAAUAAGAGGCAAAGAGGAUGUUCAGGGGAGCAUGGUGGCAGGUUUUUGUGGUGGAGUCAUGUUAUCAAUCGUCAGUAGUGGCAUGGGAGGUCCUAAGAUGGCAACCGAAGCAGUCAAAUCAGGGAUAUUCUAUGCGCUUGUCCAGGGUGGUGUUUAUCAGCUACUAGGAGGACCAAAGUUUUUUUCUCAGCCGCCUGUGGAAAAGAAGAAAUCAUAA